CCUGCGCUCAGCACAGCUCCAUGGCUCAGUGUGGGACGUUGGUGGCCGCCGCCCUGGCGCUGCUCUUGCUGCUCCUGCCGCCAAACCUUGCGUGGUACAAGCCUGCGGCGGGACCCCAGCACUACUCGGUGGGCCGCGCCGCGGGGCUGCUGUCCAACUUCCACAGGUUCCCGUCCCCGCGACGCUCAGAGUCCCCAGCACUCCCUGUCGGAACCGGACCCCUACGCUUGGAGAUGCGCUCUAGCCUAAGAAGCCUUGUGAGUGCAAGCGGGUGGUGGGUGGCGGGAGCCGGUGGGGCACGAGCGGGCCCUCAGCCUCCACCGCCCACCCAGGCCCUGUGUGUCAAAGAGGUGACCCCGAACCUGCGGAGCUGCCGGCGGCAAUUCAACAGCCCAGGGACUUUGCAGUGUAAAGCGGACGUCUUCUUAUCGCUCCAGGAAGCUGAAUGCCAAGGGCCCGAAUCCUGAACCCCCGCCCCCAUGCCCAGCCUUGCUUGAAGCUGCGCAGGCCCUGUCAUGUGGGUUUGCGCCAGUGACCCCUAACUCCUACCAUGCUCCACAGCAAAUGGCUAAAUGAAUAAAGAAGCAAACUAUG